UGCGCCCGUUUUCCUCGAACGCCAAAUAGGCAACAUUCGUUAGAGUCUGUCGAAAUUGCCCGCCUGAUGUUAGCUCGCACCGCUGUUCAAACAUAUUGUAGCUGCCGUGUAGCUCUUGGAUCGGACGGCAUAAAGGAAGGCUACACAGAGAUCAUGGUAGCGAUAUGGCAUGCAGUUGUCUGCAUAGUUGUCUUGACGUCGCAGAAUGUCGGCAAGAGGUUCGACAUCUGCGGAGGGCGUAGAGGUGUGGUUAUGGCGUCCAGAAGUGCUGCCUUUGCGUCCAAGUUCAUAGCAUUGUGUGGGAAGCCUAUUUUCGUGCAGUAUACGCUGAGCAAUAAAGUUUUGAUAGAGGGCAUGGACAAAUACUGCGCCCUCGCCAGACUCUGCUAUGCCUUCCAUGAGAACAGAACGUCGCACGCAGAGUCAGGGCAAAGUUACAUAAGGAGGCUUAGAAACUGUAUGAUGAAGGCUUCAAUCGUUGCAGGAAGGUGGAACGAGCAUUUGUUACCAAAUGCAUCGAUGGAAUCUUUGGUAAACGAAGUGAACAAAUGCGUUCCUGAUAGCCUGAUACCAAGAGACGUCAACGUUCUCAUGGGUGCUAUACGCCACGGUCGUGCAUUAUUGUGA